AGAAAAGGAGGAAGCAGAGGGAGGGGAGCCAGUGCGACUGCAGCAGCACUUAACUCCGCUUCUGGCCAGCGUAACAUCUGAAGUAACACUUAAAUAAGAAUAAUAAAUUACAGGAAGAAGACGCACAAUUUCCUCCCUUUUUGCUGCAACAACUUGCGGUGAUCAUCCGUUCGCUUCAAACAUUAACUAAGACGCUCGGAGAAUGGCAGACUCGGCGGCGGCAAACAGUGACGGGGAAGACGGACCCCGGCAGCCCAUGCGGGGCUUCGCUCGGCAGGGAGCGCUCCGCCAGAAGAACGUCCACGAAGUCAAGGACCACAAGUUCAUUCCGCGCUUCUUCAAGCAGCCCACCUUCUGCAGCCACUGCACCGACUUCAUCUGGGGUUUUGGCAAGCAGGGCUUCCAGUGUCAAGUGUGUUGCUUUGUGGUUCACAAACGUUGCCAUGAGUUUGUCGCAUUCUCCUGUCCAGGUGCUGACAAAGGACCGGCCUCGGACGAUCCAAGGGCAAAGCACAAGUUCAAGAUCCACACCUACUCCAGCCCCACCUUCUGUGACCACUGUGGCUCUCUGCUGUAUGGCCUCAUUCACCAAGGCAUGAGAUGUGACCACUGCAUGAUGAACAUCCACAAGCGCUGCGUGGCCAAUGUGCCCAGCCUGUGUGGAACAGACCACACAGAGAGAAGAGGUCGCAUCCAGAUCACCGCCGAGGUCAAGACUAAUGUUCUCACCGUCACCAUCAAAGAGGCUCGUAAUCUGGUUCCCAUGGAUCCCAAUGGUCUGUCAGACCCCUAUGUGAAGCUGAAACUGAUCCCGGAUCCUCGAAGUGAGAGCAAACAGAAGACCAAAACUAUUAAGUGCUGCCUCAACCCCACCUGGAACGAGACCUUCAAAUUCCAUCUGAAGGAGUACGAUAAGGACCGCCGCCUGUCGGUGGAGGUGUGGGACUGGGACCUGACCAGCCGCAAUGACUUCAUGGGAUCACUGUCCUUUGGCAUCUCUGAGCUCCAAAAACAAGGAGUGGAUGGAUGGUUUAAGCUGCUCUCUCAGGAAGAAGGCGAGUACUUCAAUGUCCCUGUUGCACCUGAGGGGGAGGAGGCCAGCGAGGAGCUACGGCAGAAAUUUGAGAGAGCCAAGAUUGCUGUAGGAAAGAGCACUGAGGGGAAGUCUUCAAACGCGGCAUCCCGGUUUGACUCCAACGGCAACCAAGAUCGCAUAAGGCUGUCUGACUUUAACUUCCUAAUGGUUCUGGGGAAGGGCAGCUUUGGGAAGGUGAUGCUGGCGGAGCGUAAGGGAACAGAGGAGCUAUAUGCCAUAAAGAUCCUGAAGAAGGACGUUGUCAUCCAGGACGAUGACGUGGAGUGCACCAUGGUGGAGAAGCGAGUGUUAGCUUUGCCCGGAAAGCCGCCAUUUUUGACACAGCUGCACUCCACCUUCCAGACCAUGGACCGCUUGUAUUUUGUCAUGGAGUACAUAAACGGCGGCGAUCUCAUGUAUCAGAUCCAGCAGGUUGGCAAGUUCAAGGAGCCCCAUGCUGUGUUCUAUGCUGCGGAGAUAGCGAUUGGUUUGUUUUUCCUUCAUCUAAAAGGCAUCAUCUACAGGGACCUAAAACUGGAUAAUGUCAUGUUGGACUGUGAAGGCCACAUUAAGAUCGCAGACUUUGGCAUGUGUAAAGAAAAUAUGAAUGAUGGAGUCACCACCAAGACCUUCUGUGGAACACCGGACUACAUUGCUCCUGAGAUUAUAGCUUAUCAACCUUAUGGGAAAUCUGUGGAUUGGUGGGCUUUUGGAGUGUUGCUCUAUGAGAUGUUAGCUGGACAGCCUCCUUUCGAUGGCGAGGAUGAAGAUGAGUUGUUCCAGUCCAUCAUGGAGCAUCACGUCUCCUAUCCCAAGUCAAUGUCCAAAGAGGCGGUGGCUAUCUGUAAAGGACUGAUGACUAAGCAUCCGGCGAAACGCCUGGGCUGUGGUCCAGAAGGGGAAAGAGAUAUUCGAGACCACAGCUUCUUCCGCUACAUGGACUGGGAGAAACUUGAGAACAAGGAGGUGCAGCCACCAUUCAAACCCAGAGCUUGUGGACGGGAAGCGGAGAACUUUGACAGAUUUUUCACUCGCCACCCGCCAGUGCUGACCCCUCCAGAUGAGGAAGUGAUUCAGAAUUUGGACCAAGACGAGUUCCAGGGAUUCUCUUUUAUCAACCCGGAGUUUCCAGGAAGUGCUGCCACCACUACCGCUGCCGAGCAGGCUUGAUAUCAGGGACACAGACACACACAAUGAUUUUGGCCUGUAAAAUCCCAAUGUUUUCCACACAAAUCCACAAGCAUGUUUCCUUUAAAUGUCCUGGAAGUACUUAUGUUGUCCCAAGUGACCAAACUCAAAAACCAUAGAAUCUGUUGAAUCUUGGACAAUGCGUUGACUCCAAAUUGAGAAUAAAACAACCUUACUGCUUGUACUGUAGCACUCUGAAAAGCAAAGAUAAAUCGCUCAUUCAUUAUCUACAGCUUCAGCUCAGUAUCAAACAGCAUCCAGUUUACCAAGGAUUAAGGUAAACUUCUUUUUUCAGAAUAUUCCUAUAACAGUGUGUUGUACAAUAUUAUGCAUGAUGCAAUGAAUAAUACUGACGAAGAACAAGAUGCAUGGAAAUCUGGUUCCUAGAAGCUUUUAACAUUUUUUUGCAUUUUUGGGUGACAGCUUGAGUUACUUGUUGUGAGAACAAAAAGUUUGCGAAAACAAUGUUUAUGCAAAAUCACAAGGGUGACUUUAAUUUUUUUCAAUUUUACCUUUCAUUUUAUACAUUUACUUUGUGAAUAGACCUUAAAUUAUCCAACCACUUUAUUUUAUGGUAUUUGUUUAAAUUGGAACAUGAACUCGACCCACAGCUGAAAAUGUAUUUUGACAAUGCUUCUUUUGUUUUUUUUGCAUGACAUGAAUUGUUUUUUUUUAGUAGUUUCCCUAUAAUCUUUUAACAAGAAAAUGAAAUAUCUGACAUCCAAAAGAAAUAUAAACAUAAAGGCAAAGAGUACAGGUAAAGCAGGAAUUUCACAUGAAACACAUACACAUUUUUGUAACAGAUAAAAUACUGAAAACACAGAUAAUAGUUCAUGUUUAAAGUUAUUUGAUUAAAGAAAAUGUUUUACAUACAGACCUUUAAGGCCACCAUAAAACAAAAAAAUUAACUUUCGAAAAUAAAGUUGUAAAGUAAUCAGAAAAAAAGUUUUUAUUUUGUGAGAAUAGUCGUUAUGAGAAAACUCAAAUGUGCACAAGAAUAAAGUCAUGAAAUUACAAUUAAGAAGUCCAUAUUUUAUUUUUAUUUCAUAAGUUGAAAAAAUUGAGAAUUUACAAGAUUAAAGUAAUAAAGUUAUGAAGCAAACACUAAAACAUGUCUAAAAAAAACAUUACCAAAAAAGAACCAAUAUCAUGUUUCAGAUUGAGAGAAAUAAAGCACAUUGUAAGUGGUUACUUUACCAUUGAUUUCACAAAUUAAGGAAAUACUAAUACUUUGAGUGAGCCAACAUUGUUUUAUAAUAAAUACAAGUGUCACAAAUAUGGGCAGACUGGAUCCAAAUGCAGCAGGUUUAGUAGCCCAACCAAAAGUCCACAAAGCUAAAUUAUGGUGAGGCAGGGGUCAAUAACAGGCAUCAAAUAUCAAAUAUCAUCAAAGGGGAGACAGGGGUAGUCAAAAUCCAGGCGAGACUCGCCAAACAGGGUCAGGAGAUCAGGUCAAGAUAUAACGCUAGGUAAUAAUGGCAGAGUGGCACAAACAAUGCUUCGCUCUGAACUCAGCUCAGAGCAGUGCUUAAGUAUGUGGUUGUGGCUGUGGUUGAUUGAGUGAGUCAGGUGUGUGGCAUCCAGGAAGCGAGCGCUGGGGUUGCUGGGAGAUGAAGUGCCGUCAGUACUCUGGAGACUGCUCCCGCCGGUGACCAGAGGGGGAGACAGAGCUUUGACAUCUGACAGAGCCCCCCUCCUGCGAGUGUCUCCUGAAGAGAGGGUCGCUCCGACGCCGAGGUUGACCACAAGGUCUGGGUUCUGGCCAGUGGAAGUCAUUGAUAACGGAGGGGUCAAGGAUGUCAGUGGCGACCCAGGAGCAUCCCUUUGGGCCAUACCCCUCCCAAUCCACCAGAUAUAGAAGCUGACCCCCCCUGGCGCUGGGAAUCAAGAUAUGCUGCCUCACUUUCCACUAUCACAGGUUAUUUUUAAAACGCAACUCCUACAAUAAACGAGGAAACUGUACUGGUGAAAAGGUAACGCAGAUAUAUGCGUAGCUGCAGCAGAAGACGUAGAAAUUUGCUUUUUUCAUUAUUACUGGAUGAGAAACAGACAUGCAGGACAAAGCUGCUCAGUUUUAGCACAAACUGUGAGACGUGUAAGUAGCUGCAGCCCUCAAAGUCUCAGCGGGUAAAUGUCGGGAGAGGAUUCUCUAGUUAUUGGUUUUUCUUUUUAAUGUAUAUUUUUUCCUAACUUUGUCUUUGAAAAUCAGUUAUUUGUUCAUUUUUGUAUUUCAUAAAUAGUCUUAUUUAUGUUAUUAAAAGCAUCGUGAAUUACUAAAACUUUAGUAUAGCGCUGUACAAUAAAAGAAAGAUAAAAUAAGUUUAAAUUAAAAAAAAGAGUUAUUGUGGCCCUCACAAGAAAAAGUUUGGGGAACUGCUCCAGCAUCCAUGUGGUGUUGGAAGGUUUGUUAUUUUUCAUUCUUCCUAUCAUUCAAACACCACAUGAACGCAGCAUUUCUCCAAGUUUUACACAGGGUACAUCAAGCUAUUGGUGCAAUUGGCUCGAAAUUGAGAACAAAAGUUUUAACCUGAAAACUCUAAAAUGCUCUGUUUUAAAAUAUAAUUUUCAAUCCAAAUGUUUUCAUCCAGAUUUCAUCUUAUUUCUUUCUCACUCCACGCAUCUGCUACUGGUCCGGUCCUUCUAUCCAAUUUUAGAACUUUAUGUGGCCCGCGAGUCAAAAUAAUUGCACUACGCGGUUAUCAAAGCGUAGGGAGAUAGGCAGAGUAAAGGUGAGCAUGGGUUCACUUACCAGCUCUGCAGAGCGAUUUGGGAAAGGUGCUGCGAAUAUGGCCAGGCUGCCCGCAUUAGAAGCAGAGGUUCUCCCAGAUACGCCUCGCUCUCUCCCCUGGAGAGAGGUGGGUGAAGCCGAGUUGCAUGGGCUCAUGUUUAGAGCCAGCCAGCAGCCCCUGGGGCUGGAUUGCGUGGCUGCUGGGUUUUGAGCAGAAGUUCCAGUUUGAUGUUGAGAGCGAUGUGUUUAUCCAAGGUUAAUCCCUCGUCGCGGCCCUCAUGAAAAGCUCUCAGUGAGCCGCUUGUCCAGUCUAUGCAAGCAGCCAGAGUCCAAAGUCCAGGCGAGAGUCAGGGCAGGCGGCAGGCAAACAGAGUCAGAAAUCAGGUCUAAAUAUAACGCUAGAUAAUGAAGGCAGAGUGGUACAAACAAUACUUCGCUCUUAGCUCAGCUCGGUGCAGUGCUUAAGUAUGCUGUGGUUGAUUGGGGGAAUGAGAAUCAGAUGUGUGGCAUCCAGGAAGUGAGCACUGGGGUUACUGGGAGAUGAAGUGCCUUAACUACUCUCGAAACUGCUCCCACCGAUGACCAGAGCUCUGACUUCUGAUAACAAGGACAGGUUUAGAUGUAUAAUAAAUCUAAAAGGGGCAGGGCCUGUCCAAACACACACAAAAAAUGUCACAAACACACCUGGCUCCAAAAAUUGUCAUGUCAACAUGUACACAAUACAACUACCAUUCACACACGCAUUCUUAUGCCUUUAGACCAACACAUGUGAAACAUUUCCUUCCGUCACACAAAAUAUUUGUGCAAAGGUGAGCCACCAGCAGUGCUCGAGUGAGUGUUUCUGUUCUUCUGGGGUGGAUGAUGAAAUGUAAAAAAAAUAGGAAGAGUGCCCAGUCAUCCCCUCACAAAGACCCCUAAAAUCCUGCAUGGUAUAGCAGAUAGAGGAAAACCGCCCAACGGGCAAUCAUGUCUGCCUAACAGGCCAGGACCAUGCCAGAGAGCAGGGAGGCACAGGGAAACAGAGAGGGCAAGCUCCAGCCCAAAUCGGUGCCCCGACCCCGGAGAGCACCCCCAGCCCUAGAUGAGAAGCCAACCACCACCCAGGAGUUCUGAGCAUCCCCCUACCCCAACCCAAGGCAUGAGCCAGGGUCCUUCAAGGGAGACCCGCCCCACACUCCAGGCAGCCACCAAGCCAGCCAACAGUCGGUCCAGGAGAGAGCAAGGCAGGGGCAGCCCACUCCUGCCCAGGAGAAAGACGCCCAAGAGAAGUGGGGGUCCCCAAAGAGCGUUUUAAAGACGGCCUGAGCAGGCCCACGCACUGUUGGAAUUUUGGACCAGAGGACCAGAACCCGCACCACAGGGAUACGGACAACCCCGGGCUCAGAGGUAAUGUGAUCCCAUGGAUCAUGGUCUUGCCAGAGAACUCACCCUCUUUCUGGGUGGAGGGCAGCCGGGCCCAGGAAGGCAGCACCCAAGGGACACGGCCACCAUUGCAGAGAGCCUGGUUCCCCGCACCAAGGAUGGGGUAGGGGACAGAAGACUGACACAGCCCACCCCCAUCACCCAAAUAUGUGAUUAUAUAAGGAAGAGGGUAAGUUCGGGACAGCUGCUUGACUGGCCCCAGGUUGGUGAAACAACUGUCUCCUAGCUCCCCCAGCAUUGGGCCCAGGUCUCCCCAGCCUAGGGGUCCCAUUGCUCGUAGAGCCGACCCCCCAGGCCCCACACCCCCCAUUGCACAAAAAGAGAGAUUAAGACCUUAUGGCAACGCCAUAAAUGGCUGCAAUGAUGGGUUAAGUUGGGAGGUAUUGUGGAUUCAUCCACAUUACACAACCAACUGACCUAUAUUUUCAAAAAAGCAUGGCUUUUGCGACUUUUUUCUCAAAAAAUGACAACUUGUUUCUCGUUUAUGUAUGACUUUAUUCUUGUAAAUUACAACUUUUUUCAUAUAAAUUUACAACUUUAUUCUCAUAAUAUUUUUUAUGUUUUUAUUUUUAUGGUGGCUUUAAUAGUCCCUCGUAUAUACAUCUUGGAAGAGAACCUUAAAAUUAAAAUAUUAUUUGUUGUAUUUUCUAUGACUGAAAAUUUUCAAUAACUCAAUAAGUUUUAAAAUUGUAUUUAAACAAAUCUGGUAAUUUAAGAAAUAUAUUACUCAAAAAAGUCAAUCUGACUGAAUAAAAAAAGCAUUAUUUAGGAAAAAAGUUGAUCUGAAAAUGAAAAAAGAAGAAUAUAUUUCCUUUUUCUUUUUUUACACUACAUUAUUUUUAAAUUUUAAAACUCCAACUGGUUUAAAGUGUUUUGCUGGAGUUGUUUUCUAAAGACUGAAUAAGAAAUUUGGAAUAUCUGAAGUAACAAAGCAAAUUGACAAAAACAGAUUUUAAAAAUGUUUUGUUUAAUAUUUUUUGUGACAGUUGUGAUUUUACUUUUUCUUCUAUAAACAAGCCCGUCUAUAGUUAGGACCCAAUACUGAGGUGUGCUGUACAGUAUUUAUAGAGAAUAGUUUUCAUGCGUUUUCUCCUUAACUUAGCUAGAACUGGAAUGUGUUCCUUGCAUGACAAUAACAAUAGUAUCUGUAGAUAUUUUUCUCCCUACUGGAUUUAAGCAUUUAUUCUACUCAGUAUUUGCUUUCUGCAAAUACUUUUUCUUUUGUUUUUUUACAGUGUGAAUGCACAUGUAUGUUUUAAAUGUAUGAGAACUGUGAAUGAAAAUGCUCUAUUGUGUUUUAAAUUGUACGUUUGCAUCCCUGUGACCUGGCCUUGUGUUUAUAGAUGCGGUGAAAGUUCCCACUCAGUUGGAUUAAUCUCUAUUCCUUAGCUGUGCAGCUGCCUUCCUGUAUGAUCUCAGUUGCGUUUGUUGACCCCAACGUUGCAUGAUAUAUGUUGAAGGGACUUAAGCCAACUAAAUAAAAAAUAAAGCAUGUCGAGAAAGAUAAGGC